GUAAACUAGCCCAUAUAUGAAACUUGAUACCGGAAGUCGUCAUUGAAAACUGCCCAGCCGACCACUUGCGCUCUCUCUGUUCUUUAUACUGAACAAGCAAAUUUCUCGAACGUUGGUAAUUUUAUACUAGAACUGUCUCACAAUCUGACAAUUAGGCCUAAAAGUAAAUUAUUAUCGUAAUUGAAUUGGAAAUAUCAUCAAAAAACUGGCCGGAAUCAGAAGAAAACUUUGUGAACUUUUAGAUCCAAGUGAUAUCGCUUCCAGAUAAAAAUGAGUGAACUUGUUUGGGGAAUAAAGAAUGGAGAUCUCGAUCAAGUUCGAGAUAUUGUAGAGAACAAAAACAUAGACGUAAAUGCACUGAUUGAUGGUCGGGUUCCACUUCAUUAUGCUGCAGAUUACGGUCAAUAUGAAGUAAUAAGGUAUCUUAUGGAGAAGGGUGCUGAUGCUAAUAUGGUUGACAAACAUGGUAUUUCAGUCCUUUUGGCUGCAAUUUGGGAGGGUCAUACUGAUUGUGUUAAAUUGUUACUAGAAAAGGGUGCAAGCCCGAACGGAAAAACGCCUGAUGGUACGCCCUACGUUGAUGCGGCUGAAAAAGAUGAGAUCAAAAGUCUGCUCCGUGAUCUACACUAGCACAAAACCAAAAGAAACAAAAACAAAAUAUAAAGCUUAAAAUUUCGUUACUUUAGAAUGUUAAUGUUCUUUGUAGGAUAUGCUGCUAUUUGUUAUUGAUGUUUCUGUAUACAAUUUAAAUAACUAUUUUUACGUAUUUUAUCUAAAAGUGACAACUUUAUGCUUGAUAUUUUAUAUUAAAUAUCUUUUAUGAAAUUGAAAAUGUCUGAAAACGUAUAUGAAGCUUUACAAGGUCUUCGUUUUCCUCUUAGAUUAUCUAUGUCGAGUAAUACUAUCUAAUUACUCGUAAGUGAGUUAUUGUACUAUUUAACAGACUUUAUUACAUGAUGAUGUAGAAUAUUUAAAACAUAUUCCAUUAAUUGGUAGCAUUUUGAUGAUCUUUUGCUUCUGGUGAAAUAAUCAAGGAUUUUAUAGAAAAGUCGGUAUUUAUAAACGCAGUACAAACAAUAUAAAUGCUCUUAUGAGAAGUUGUGCCUAAUUUUUUGAUUUAAUUAUUUAUCUUUAAAAUUAAAACUGAUUAAGCAUGGGUAUGAUUCGUAAACAUUCGAAACAAUAUAUCGUGCAUUAUGGCUAUAAACUUAAUUUCUAUUUUUAGUAAUAAAAUAUAUUUCUAAUA